AUGGUCCCCCUUCCAACACAGAACACUCGCCUCACUCUCCCUUUCGUCGCCUUUCCCUUACGCAACAGGCCAAGGUACCGCUGGGUAACCGACCUCUUCGCGUCCCGGGCGGCGGCGAGAACAUUAACCCCGCCAAGGGACUCACAGGGGACGGCGAGGAAGAUCCAGCAUUACGGGGCAAAAAGUGCAACAGUGCCACAGUGGGAGGGGAGCAGGGCAGGAGGGGAGGUGAAAGGUCUGAAUUUGGGUCUGGGUCUGAGUCUGGGUCUGGGUAUGGGUGUGGAUCUGGGUCUGGAUGUGGUUCUGGGUGUGGGUCUGGGUCAUGGUCUGGGUGUGGGUUCUGGGUCUGGGUCUGGGUCUGAGUCUGCGUCUGGGUCUGGCUAUAGGUGUGGGUCUAGGCCUGAGUCUGGAUCUGGGUAUGGGUGUGGGUCUGGGUGUGAGUCUGAGUCUGGCUGCGAGUCUGGGUCUGGAUCUGAGUCUGAGUCUUGGUGUGGGUGUAGGUCUGGGUCUGGGUCUAAGUCUAAUUAUGGGUCUGAUUCUUAG